CUAGUCUCGGAGAAACCUGUUUCACGUCUGCUGUAAAUCACACUGAGCCUACAGUACCAGCGCUGAAAUUUGUUACCUUGUUGCGAGUAUUUUUGGCGAGCGAUAGCAGCAAGUGAUAUCACCCGCAGUCUGCCGUUUGGGAGAAGAGAGUAGAGUUGUUGAGCAAGGACUUAACGUUUCGCCGGAUCGUUUUCAGGCACAGUUCAACUAUAAGUGCAUAUUUAUAAUUCAGUGGAAAUGUCUGAAAACAAGCCGAAUGAUGAGCCAAAGUUAUCUACGACAGACCGGGCGGUCAAAUCGGUGCCCUUCCCCCCCAGUCACCGUCUGACGGCGAAGGAGGUGUUCGACAGCGACGGCAAGCCCAAGGUGGACGUGCUGAAGGGCCACCUGACCAAGGAGGGGCGCGUGGAGGAGGCGGUGGCCCUGCGGCUCAUCGGCGAGGGCGCCACCAUACUGCGCGCCGAGAAGAACCUGCUCGACAUCGAGGCACCUGUCACAGUGUGUGGUGACAUCCACGGGCAGUUCUUCGACCUGAUGAAGCUGUUCGAGGUGGGGGGGAGCCCUGCCACCACUCGCUACCUUUUCCUGGGGGACUAUGUGGACAGAGGGUAUUUCAGUAUUGAAUGUGUGCUGUACUUAUGGGCUUUAAAAAUCCUUUAUCCCAAAACUCUGUUUUUGCUUCGUGGGAACCAUGAAUGUAGACAUUUAACAGAGUACUUCACCUUCAAACAGGAAUGUAGGAUUAAGUAUUCGGAGCGUGUGUAUGACGCCUGUAUGGAUGCCUUUGACUGCCUCCCCCUGGCUGCCCUCAUGAACCAGCAGUUCCUGUGUGUACACGGUGGCCUGUCCCCAGAAAUCACCAACCUAGACGACAUCAGGAAAUUAGACAGGUUCAAGGAGCCCCCGGCGUACGGCCCCAUGUGUGACCUGCUCUGGUCAGAUCCACUGGAGGACUUUGGCAACGAGAAGACCCAGGAACAUUUCACACACAACACAGUCAGAGGCUGCUCCUACUUUUACAGUUACCCUGCCGUCUGUGACUUCCUCCAGCACAAUAACUUAUUAUCCGUCAUCAGAGCCCACGAAGCACAGGAUGCUGGGUACCGCAUGUACAGAAAGAGCCAGACCACAGGCUUCCCCUCCCUCAUCACAAUCUUCUCCGCACCCAACUACUUAGAUGUCUACAACAACAAAGCGGCUGUACUAAAGUAUGAGAAUAAUGUGAUGAACAUCAGACAGUUUAACUGCUCCCCUCAUCCCUACUGGCUGCCUAACUUCAUGGAUGUCUUCACCUGGUCACUGCCGUUUGUGGGAGAGAAAGUCACUGAGAUGCUGGUGAAUGUCUUAAGCAUCUGUUCCAAUGACGAGCUCACUACUGAUGAAGAAAUCGAUGGACAGCUAAUAUAUACCCCAAAGAAAGGUGCCACCGCUUCUGCGCGCAAGGAGGUCAUCAGAAACAAGAUUCGUGCCAUUGGGAAGAUGGCCAGAGUUUUCUCUGUGCUCCGAGAGGAGAGUGAGAGUGUGCUGACGCUGAAAGGCCUGACCCCCACCGGUAUGCUACCUAGCGGAGUGCUGUCCGGGGGCAAAGAGAAACUCCAGAAUGAAACCGCAGCUACUAUUGAGGCCAUAGAGUCUGAAGAAGCCAUCAAGGGCUUCUCUCCUCAGCACAAGAUCUCGAGCUUCGCGGAGGCUAAGGGCUUGGACCGCAUUAACGAGCGAAUGCCCCCGCGCCGUGACGGCCUGCCGUCCGACGCCAGCCUCAACUCGCUCAACAAGGCGCUGUCGUCCGAGACCAACGGCACCGAGGGCAAGGGCAGCGGCAGCAGCGGCAGCAGCAACAUCCAGUGAGGCGCGGCAGGGGGCGCUAGAUAGCCACUGGAGUUUGGCGUAUCGCGGCAGGAUGCCCCCCUCACCCCACACCCCCCUUCAUCGCUUCUCUCCCUGGUGUUGGUGGGGUGAGGGGGGUGGGGCGGAGGGGUGCUGGGUAUUUGAGACUGGAGGGUUUGGAAAGACAGGCAUGAAAAGCAUGGGAAACAGCAUUAAAUAAAAUGAGAGAGAAAAAAAUGAAAACGGCAACAACAACAAAAAAAUGCAGGGGUGAUGCGUCACUUUCAAGUCUUUGAAUAUGCCUUUAAAAUACAUCAACUACAAAAAAAGGAGAGAAAAAACUAUAUUGCUUGUAGAAACCAUAAAAAAAAAAGUAAUCGCUGGUUCACUCUUUUCCAAGCGGUCAGGGUGGGGAGGUAGGGGUUUGGUGAUGGUGCAUGGCUGAGCGGCGAGGUUGAUGGAGAUCUUAACUGGGAAUCUGGCUAGUAGCCGCCUCUGGCACGGAACCGGUUCUCGUCUGGCACUGACCUGGCUCGAUCUGGGCCCGCUCUGAACCGGAUGCACGCCAGAGGCGGCUGCUGUCGGGCAGGUUUUUACAGAUGGCCUUCACUGAGAUACUGGACAUGGAAAUUUUGUGUAACUUCUUACUAACUAUUGUUCGUUUACAAAAAUACAGCACUAAAAAUGGACAAAACAUGAAAACAAAAAAUGUUUUUAACAUAUAAAGGGUGUACAAACUAAAUAAGGACUAUUUAUUGAUAAAGUUUUUUGCUACUCUUAUAAAACUAGCUCUGAAAUAAAUUAGGCAGUCUUAAAAGAAUGUUGCAACAUUGUUAAAUGCCAAAAAUGGGACGUUUUAUGGUUUUGUACAGAUUAUGCUUACCUCAGGAUUAUUUGAGUGUGUGCGCUUUGACCCGACUUUCUGUAUAAUGGCUGUUGAUCAUGGUUUUGAACUUGGUUAUGAAUACCUAUUUUCUUGGAAUUUAAUAACUGGAAUUUACAUUUAACGUUUAUCUAUCAUUUGCAAAUAUGUUUUUUUUUUUUUUGUUGUUUGUUUUUUUGGGGGGGGGGGAAUAGAUUUAUCGUGGCUUGCUGGAAUUCUGUGAGUGUUAAAUUUUCUUUUAAGUAUUGCGAACAAAAAAUAUAUAAAGCAUCUAUAUUCUGUAAAAAAAAAAUGACCUAAGUAACUGAAGUACCAGCCUAUGCAUGUUUUAUAAAAAAAAAAAAUGUACAACAGAAAUAGACCUGAAUUCAAGUUCUUUGGCUUCUGACAGCCAUUUUGAAAUGUAGUGCGCUUUGUGGAAGUAUACUGGACAACUAUACCGCCAUCUUUAUAUUACGAAUGGGGGGAAAUGCUUUAUGCCUUGAAAUCCUUCUUUUUUGUAACGUAAAGCAUCGGAACUAUUUAAGGCGAGGGAGGAAUCAUGGUCUUUUUAAAAACCUAACGCUUGUAAGUGCACACCUAGUCUGAGUCAGCAUGUCUAGCGCCUCCUGUGAAAUGGUAGGUUUGUGGUUCCAUGUGAAAUGUCAAACUGCAUGACAACUGUCAGUGUCAUACACACUUUUAGAGAUUUUUGUUCUUCGGUUUUGUAAACGUGCCACACAAAGUCAUAAAAAUGAUUACUACUACUAUUAUUAAUAUUAUUAUUAUUAUUAUUAUUAUUAUUAUUAUAUUUGUUACCUUGCUUUGUGUGCCACUGCAGAGCAAAGCUACAAAUAAUGAAUUUUAAGAGAAAUCCGAAACUCCAUUCAAUCUUUUUUAACCAACUGCUUCAGUGCCCAAGUAAUUCACUACACAACAUAAAGCCUUGCUUUUGUCAUUUAACUUUGAAACUGUUGGCAGAUGACGCAUGCACUUGCAACUAUGGAAGUAUUUUAUAUUACUGUUCAAUAAAACGCGCAUGAAAUUCAA